UCCCUUUAUAUAUAUAUAACAACUUCUUCUUCUUCUUCUAGCUACUCACCGUUCUUCUUCUUCUUCUAGCUACUCACCACUCAAAUCACUAAUAACAGAAAUAACAAAAAAAGACCGAGAUGAUGCAAAAGCUAAUUCAGUACUGCUUGAUGAUCAAUUUCCUCAUCCUGCUUUCAUGCUUUUGUUUCUCUUCUCUUUCUUUUUCCUACAUCCCAAACAGACAAUUCAACCAGGCAGUGAACUUUGAAGGCUCUUCUGACCUAAUAGACCUUCGUUACCACAUGGGUCCUGUUCUUGCUUCUUCUCCAAUCAACCUCUACAUAAUCUGGUACGGCCAUUGGAACCCUACCCACCAAUCCAUCAUCAGAGACUUCCUCUACUCCAUCUCUUCCUUUUCCUCUCACCACCCUUCUGUCUCCGACUGGUGGUCCACCGUCCGCCUCUACACCGAUCAAACCGGCUCCAACAUCACCGGAAACCUCCACCUCUCCGGUGAAUUCCACGACUCGACCUACUCCCAGGGCGGCUAUCUCAGCCGCUUAUCCAUCCAAUCCAUAAUAAAAAACGCUGUCGUUCCACACCACGCGGGAGCUCUACCUCUCAAUCCCCAUAACGGUAUCUACCUGGUGCUUACCUCGUCGGACGUACAAGUUCAAGACUUUUGCCGAGCAGUGUGUGGUUUCCACUACUUCACGUUCCCAACUAUCGUGGGGGUCACGGUACCUUAUGCAUGGGUAGGUUACAGUGGGACUCAGUGUCCCGGAAUGUGUGCUUAUCCAUUUGCAUGGCCGGACAACUCGGGGAAACCGCCGAGGUCGGACACUGUUUCGGUGAACAACAACAACAACAUAAUGCGUCCGCCAAAUGGCGAUGUGGGUGCGGAUGGAAUGAUCAGUGUGAUAGGUCACGAGCUGGCAGAAGUGUUUAGUAAUCCUCUGGUGAAUGCAUGGUACGCCGGGGAGGAUCCGACGGCGCCGACCGAGAUCGCGGAUCUGUGCAUGGGUGUGUAUGGGACUGGUGGGGGUGGUGGGUACGUAGGGAAGGUGGAGAGGGAUGCUUGGGGGAGUGGAUAUAAUGUCAAGGGUGUGAGAGGGAGGAGGUUUCUGGUUCAAUGGGUUUGGAACCCAGCAAGGAGGAGAUGCUUUGGGCCGAAUGCUUUAGAUUAGAGUAGAAAGAGAGAGAGAGAGAGAGA